AUGGUGUCCAGAUUCUCAGCUUUAUAUACGCUUCCAGUGGGGACAAAACAGGAAUUGUGAAGAAAUUUGAACAGUUUGAAAACAGAGAGCUUGAGACAGUCAGACAACAACAGAUUGAUUAUCCCAUGUUCACCAUUUCAAUCUGGCUAUAUUUACUCCAUCACUGUGAAAAGGAUCUGUGUGGUAUACUCUAUUUUAUUGAUCCGAAAGAAAUGUAUAGUACUCCUGCUGUAUUUCUAAAUGAGGAAGGUUACGUGCAUAUUCAGAUGCACCUUAUGAGAGGAGACGACCUUGCCGUGAAAACUAGCUUCAGCCUUCCUCUGAAGCAGUGGUUUCGACUGGAUCUGUCUUUUAAGGGUGGACAGAUAGAAGUAAGCAGUGUUGGGAAGAAUUUGAAAAGACAUCAUCAUCAGUCUUUUAUUUUUAGGGAAGAUUUCUAUUAUGAUGACACUGCUGGAUACUUUGUUCUUGGAGGUAGUGGAUAUGUAAAUGGUAUUGAAGCAUUCUUUGGACCCAUGAAAUACUAUCGUCUCAGUGUGUUGGAAACAGAACAGAUUUCUAACCCUCUUCAUGACAAAGAAACAGUGGAACAAAUUGAACUCUACUACAAGAGAUGUAUGGACAUUCGAGAAAUAGUUUAUGAGUACAGAUAUAUUGUAAGGCAAGGCAAAAAAGCACAAAGAAAUUGUUACUACGAAAACUAUUAUUUGGAGCGAAUUCACAAAUAUGGAGAAAAAUCCGAAUGUGCUGCCUUCUUAUGGGGAAAAGAGCUCAGGGAAAAGUACCACACUUUGUUCAAACUGUUACAAGAGAUGGAUUUCAAUGCUCCAGAUGUGUUAGAAGAUGGAAGUGAUACAGUUCUAGAAGUUGGCCGGAGGAUAUUUGAGAAUGUUGCAAAGGGUCUGACCAGAGCCAAUGGCCUCAGCAAUAUGGGCUCCUCUGUCCCUCUCUUGGUGGAUUCCAGUUGUUGUGGAUACCAUAAGGCUUCCUAUUUCCUUGCAGUUAUAUUUGAAACAGGGCUCGGUGUGUCUGUGGAUCGUACAAAGGGACUGCUGUAUAGUUUGGUUGGCGCUCAGGGGAAUGAGAGACUUGCUGUGAUGAAUCUUGGCUAUAAACAUUACCAAGGCAUUAAUAACUAUCCACUUGAUUUGGAGCUGUCAUAUGCUUAUUACAGUAAUAUUGCAAUAAAGACAUCGUUGGAUCAGCACACUAUAAAAGGGGAACAGGCUUUUGUUGAAACUAUAAGGCUGAUGGAUGAUGAACUGCUGAACGCUCAAACAAAAGAAAAUGGUGAUGUCUUUAUGUGGUUAAAACAUGAAGCAAGAAGAGGAAAUGCAGCUGCACAGCAACGAUUGGCUCAGAUGCUGUUUUGGGGCCAACAAGGAGUGGCAAAAAAUCCUGAAGCUGCAAUAGAAUGGUAUGCAAAGGGUGCAAUAGAAACGGAAGACCCAGUGCUAAUAUAUGAUUAUGCUAUUGUGUUAUUUAAGGGCCAAGGUGUGAAAAAGAAUACAAAACUUGCUUUGGAAUUGAUGAAGAAAGCAGCAGCCAAGGGCUUGCCCCAGGCAGUGAAUGGGUUGGGAUGGUAUUACCACAAUUUUAAGAGAGACUACAGAAGAGCAGCCGAACACUGGUUAAUUGCUGAAGAACUGGGAAAUCCAGAUGCAUCGUACAACCUUGGUGUCCUUUAUUUAGAUGGGAUUUACCCUGGAGUACCUGGCAGAAAUCAAACAGUUGCUGCACGCUAUUUCUAUAAAGCUGCCCAAGGAGGACAUAUAGAAGGAACUUUACGGUGCUCUCUGUACUACAUCACAGGAAAUAUGGAAGACUUCCCUAGAGAUCCAGAAAAAGCUGUAAUCUGGGCAAAACACAUUGCAGAGAAGAAUGGCUACUUAGGUCAUGUCAUCAGAAAAGCUCUCAAUGCUUAUCUGGAACUUUCAUGGCAUGAAGCUUUGCUGUAUUACAUUUUAGCCGCUGAAACUGGGAUUGAAGUGUCACAGUCAAAUUUAGCACACAUCUGUGAAGAAAGACCAGACCUAGCAAGGAAACACCUAGCAACUGAUUGUGUUUGGAGAUACUACAAUUUCUCUGUUUCUCAAGUCAAUGCACCGUCAUUUGUUUAUUUGAAGAUGGGUGAUUUCUACUACUAUGGUUACCAGAACCAGUCUAAAGACCUUGAGCUCUCAAUGCGGAUGUAUGCACAAGCUGCAUUGGAGGGAGAUUCACAGGGUUUCUUUAAUUUGGCCCUUGUCAUAGAAGAGGGCAACUCCAUACCAUCCUACAUUCUGGAUUACUUGGAAAUUGAUCAGGCAUUGCAUUCUAGUAAUAUGUCACUCCUUCAGGAACUUUAUUACAGGUGCUGGAAUAAUAGUAACCAAGAAUCAAUUAGUCCAUGCUCAUUAGCAUUGCUUUAUUUUUACAUGAGAGUUUUCUGGAAUAGUAUUUUACAAUCUACUCUGAUCUACUUCAUGGGAACCUUUCUUUUAUCGAUUCUGGUUGCAUUUGCUGUGCAGUAUUUUCAGUCUUUAUCUGCCCGUAAUUCUCCUGGAACAAGAUCAGAACCAUCGUCAAGUGAAGCUUCUUCCUCAGGGAACAGCAACGAGGAUGCUACCAGACUAGUACAGGAAGAUGAAUCUACUUUUUCAAAUGAUUUAGCACAGCAGGAGUCAACCCCUCAGAACCCUCUUGUUACAAGCUGA